AGUGUUUUGCACCGAUCGCCACUUUUCGAUUCGCCUGCCUCGGUUGCGUUUUUUCAGGUUGGUUGGUUAGUGUGUCAUUGGGUUGGUGUUCUCGCUCUCCCUCCUCCCUCCCACUCAACGGUCUCCCUCCUCCCUCCCACUCUACUCAAUAUCUGGUUCUUCCUUUUCUUUCUAUCCCUGCACGCAGGUUUUAGCACUUGUUUUGCACCGAUCGCCACUUUUUGAUUCGCCUGCCUUGAUUGUGUUUUUCUUUUUGCAACCUUUGACUCCCACUGCAUUGGUUGUGAUCGUACUUUUGAUCUCAGUCAUUGGAAAUAAAGCUCACCAUCUCAUCUGGUUUCGGUUGCUUGGACUGAGAAAUGGCGGAUGACGAUCCGGGAGCGGCAGUUGCUGCCGGCCUGACCAUCCCGGAGGGCUGCAUCCGCCGGAUCAAGCUCAGCGUCGUAAGCAAUGAGGAAAUCCUCAAGGCGCAGCCGGUGGACGCGCAAGGGAAGCCCUUCCCGAUCACGCACGGCAGCCAGCUCCAGGACAACCCCUCGCUGGGGCUGCCUCUGCAGGUCGGCAGCUGCGAGUCAUGCGGUGCCACCCAGCUCGACAGAUGCGAAGGCCAUUUCGGCUUCAUCGAGCUGCCGGCCCCCAUCUACCACCCCAGCCACGUCGCCGAGCUGGGGAAGAUACUCAACAUUAUCUGUCUCUGCUGCCUCCGGCUCAAGAAACCCAACGAGAAGGGCACUGGAAAGGAAAGGAAGUUCAGUUCAUGCUCAUAUUGUCAGGAUAUCCCACCACUAUGUGUUACUCAAGUCAAGAAAUCCAAUGGCGCCCGUAGCUUGGAACUCAAAGCACCAUUAAAGGAAGAGGUUGGGGAUGGAUUUUGGAGCUUCCUCGAUCAGUUUGGCUUCCACACGAUCCUUACAUCUCAUCGCCGCCCUUUACACCCAAAGGAGGUUCAGAACAUAAUGGAAAAGAUCUCUAAACAAACAAAAAUAAGACUUGCUGCUAGGGGGUAUAAUCUUCAGAAUGGAUUUGUCAUGAGUUACAUGUGUGUUCCACCAAAUUGCCUGCAUAUUUCAAAUCUUUUAGAUGACAACACAGACAUGUACCCUCCUGACACAUCAAAAGGCUUGUUACAGAAAGUUCUACGUAUAAUAGAACAGAUAAAAAGCUCAAGUAUUAGCCACCCAAAUUUCGAAGCUUGUGAGGUAGGGGAAGAUGAUCUUCAGGUUGCUGUCGCCGAUUACAUCAAUAUGGGAGGAACAGCAAAGGGUACCCAGAGUGUCACCUUUUCAAGACAGCCUGCACCAAAACAGUGGCAGCAAAGGAUGAAGGCACUCUUCAUCAGUAAGAGUUCAAGCUUCACAUGCCGUGCAGUGAUCACUGGUGAUCCAUACAUUGGUCUUGAUGUGGUAGGGGUUCCUAAUGAAGUAGCAAGCAGAAUGUCAGUAGAAGAACAUGUCACAGACUACAACAUUGCUAGACUGCAGUACAUGAUGGAUAAAGGACUAUGCCUGACGUACACUGAUGUCAAUUCCAACACAUACGACUUGUCUGGGGAGAAAGGAAGAAAGAAACACACCAUGCUGAGGGUUGGUGAAACUGUAGACCGAAGAGUUCUUGAUGGGGAUCUGGUCUUCCUCAAUAGAUCACCAAGCACUGACAUGCACUCAGUUCAAGCCUUAUAUGUUCUUUUGCAUGAUGAUCACACCAUAAAGAUCAACCCACUCAUCUGUGGCCCGCUUGGAGCAGAUUUUGAUGGUGACUGCGUUCAUAUCUUCUUCCCAAGAUCAGUUUCAGCAAGGGUUGAAGCUACAGAGCUCUUCACUGUGGAGAAUCAGCUAGUGAACUCCCACAAUGCGAAACUGAACUUUCAGAUCAAGGAAGAUUACUUACUAGCUCUGAAGAUAAUGUGUGACAGAAGGUAUUCUAGAGAAGAAGCAAACCAAAUUGCCAUGUUCUCGUCAGGGAUGAUUCCACCAGGUGAUCCUUAUUGGACUAUUUCUCAGAUUCUUCAGACUACCGGUUCACUAAUAACCCUACCAAGCCAUCCCAACAAAGAAUCUGUUGGGGCCUUAGUUACUGCUAUCAUAUCAUCAACUCUUAAAGGGAAGGGUCCAAGGGAGGCCAUAAAGCUUCUAAAUCUUUUGCAGCCCCUCCUAAUGGAAUCACUGCUUAUGGAUGGUUUCAGCAUGAGCUUGAGAGAUUUCAAUGGCCCAAGUGCAAUGCAGAAGGUAAUUCAAAGUACUUCCCUUGAGCUCGAUGAGUUACGAGAAUCAACUGUGGACUUCAUUGCUCAUUAUUCUGCCCUUGGUCUGCUGGUUGAUCCCAAAAGUGAUUCAGCUCUGAGGAAAUUAGUUGAGCAGCUUGGUUUCUUGGGCCGUCAAUUGCAAAACAAUGGCAGACUAUACUCUAGCAACUUAGUGGAGGAUUGCUACAAGUUUAUGAACAAGUGUAGUGGAAGCACCAAGUGUUAUGAUCCUUUAAAGGCACAUGAUGUUGUUAAGAGUUCAUUUUACAAUGGUUUAAACCCGUACGAGGAACUACUCCAUUCAAUAUCAGUAAGGGAAAAGAUCGAACGAUCAUCAUCUAAAGGACUAGCGGAACCUGGCAAUCUUUUCAAGAACAUGAUGGCAAUACUCCGAGAUGUCAUAGUAUGCUAUGAUGGAACCAUAAGGACUUCAUGCAGCAACUCGAUUGUCCAAUUUGACUCAACAGAUGUAUCAAGUUCUGUGACACCAGGUCCAGGUGAUCCUGUUGGUAUCUUGGCAGCCACUGCAGUUGCAAAUGCUGCAUACAAGGCUGUUUUAGAUCCAAAUCAGAACAACAUGACCUCGUGGGACUUAAUGAAGGAAGUACUUCUCACCAAAGCUAGCUCUAUAAGUGAUACCAUUGACCAAAAGGAAAUUUUGUAUCUGGACAAAUGCUUUUGCGGAUUCGAGUUUUGCAUGGAAAGAGCAGCACUCAGGGUGCAAUCCUGCUUAAAAAGGAUCAAAAUAGAGGAUUGUGCCACUGAAGUCUCCAUCAAGUACCAUCCGGAAGCAACUCAAGCCGCACAUUGCCUUGUUGGUCAUAUCCACCUAGACAAGGAGCAACUGAAUCGAAUGGAGAUAACUACAGAACAUAUUCUUCAAAAAUGCCAGGAAGUUAUCAGUAAACAUGAAAAGAAAAGUAGGCAGAUGAGGCAAAUUUGGAAGACAACUGAAAUGAUUUCAAGUGAAUAUUGUUUGUACGACCAGGAUAUAGGUGAUGAGGAAGCCUUGCAAGUUUCCUGCUUGGAGGUUUUCCUUGAUACAAGCACUACCACAGGACUAUCUGAAUCUAAUGUUGCCCAUCUGAUGACGAAUACCAUUUUUCCUAUACUCUUGGACACGAUUAUAAAAGGUGAUCCUCGAGUUCAGGAUGCUAAGGUAAUAUGGAUCGAACCAGAAUCAACAUGUUGGGUCCAGAACUCCAGUGCAGAGCAGAAAGGGGAACUGGCACUGGAAAUCACAGUGGAAAAGGUGGCGGUUGCAGAGAGUGGUGGCACCUGGGGAGUAGCAAUGGAUGCAUGUGUCCCUGUGAUGGAUCUAAUCGACACCAAAAGGUCUAUGCCUUACAAUAUCCAAGAAGUUCACAAAGUGUUUGGCAUUUCCUGUGUCUUUGAUCGAGUCACACAGCACCUUUCCAAGGCCGUUGGAAUGGUUACAAAAUCAGUCAUCACAGACCACCUGACAACCGUGGCAAGCAGCAUGACCUGCACAGGUAGCUUGCAUGGCUUCAAUAGGUCAGGAUACAAGGCCACAUUCCAGUCCCUGAAGAUUCAGGCACCAUUUACGGAAGCUACACUGUCUAGACCAAUGCAAUGCUUUCGGAAGAGUGCAGAGAAGGUCGACUCUGAUCAGCUGGCUAGUGUUGUGUCAACCUGCUCUUGGGGUAAUCAUGCAGCCAUCGGCACUGGCUCAGCUUUCAAAAUUCACUGGAAGGAUGAGAUCCAGUCUUCAAGCGAUGAAAUACUUGGAGGGUAUGGUUUAUAUGACUUCCUCGCAUUAGUAGGAACAAUAGGAGCUGCUGAACUCAAGACAGUUACUCCUCAUAGUUCAUGCUUGUAUGAUGUUGACAAGAUUCCGGAGGAUGAAGUUCAAGAAGAUGAGGUGGUAUGUUUGGGUGGAAACCUUCCAAUCUCCUGGACGGACAAGACAAAAGCCGAUUCCCUGCUGCAUGAUUUUAAGGGUAGGAGUACUGGAAUACACAGGACUAGACAGGAAAGCCAAGGAACGCAAAAUAAGAGUGACUGGAACUCAGUUGCAAACUGGAAAAAUGAUAGGCCAAGGGGUCCUCUGCAUUCUGCUUUUGCAGGAUCAACUAGCACCAACGAAUGGAACAAGAGGCGGUUUACCGACCAUGUGUUUGAGAGAAAGCAACCAAAGCAUAGCUGGAGCUCAGCUGUGACACACCAAGAUGACAAGCCAAGUUGGUCUAGCAAAAAUGUUGCAGGCGCGCAGAAACAUGGCAUUACAUUAUCAUCUAGCUCGGGUGGAUGGAACAAGAAGAAUAGUGGUUUUGGUCGUGGUGGCAGUAGAGGCAUGCGGAAAUCAGAAGGAUCACAUAGUGGAGGCAGUAACAGCCGGAACUGGAGAGCCCAGAAUAAUAGCAGUGCUAGACAAGGAGGUAUCAGUUACAGUUUCACACCAGUGGAGCAGCAGAUAUAUGCACAAGUUGAGCCAAUCAUGAAGAAUGUAAAGAGGAUCAUCCGCGAAUCAAGGGACGGCGUGAAGCUUUCUCAAGAUGCUGAGAUGUUCAUCGUCAACAAAGUUUUAAUGUACCACCCGGAGAAGGAGAAAAAGAUGGCCGGUCAGGGCAAUUACAUUAUGGUUGCUAAGCAUCAAACUUUCCAUAGCAGCAGGUGCUUGUACGUUGCGUCCUCAGAUGGAUCAAGUUCAGAUUUCUCCUACAAGAAGUGCCUAGAAAAUUUCAUCAGGAUUCACUACCCUGACUCUGCGGACUCAUUCUGCAGAAAGUACUUCAAAUGAUGAGCCAUGGCAUGUUAAUAUGCCUUAGUACUGCUUUCUUGCAGUAGUGCCACUUUCCAAGUUCCUGGAGUUAGAGUGACCAGGACCAUAUGCAAUUUCAGCUACCAUGUUGCCUUUGAUGUCCACUAACUUUAAUGUGCUUGAAACUUCUGUAACUGUGAUCUUAUUUCUAAACAGUAGCAAACAAAAAGACCAAGAUGCAUAGACUUUUGAAA